AUGUUUUUGUUAAAAUUGGUGCGACAUAGAAGUAGUAAAUUUAAAGUAGAAAGAAAUAUUGUAAAAAUUAUUCCUAAUAUUAGAAUUAGAACGUAUUAUGACGUCAAUUUGGAAAAUAUUCCGGAAGUAUCUACCGCCUUAAUAAGGAAAACAUUGAAAGCGAAUAAUAUAGCAUAUGAAGAUGGGUAUACUUGUUUCAUUGCAAAAUGUUCUUUUUGUCAUAAAAGUUGUAAUAAUGUUAAGCAACACACGGCCAAAAUUUACAUCAACAAAACGACAGGUAUGUUCAUGUGUGCGUCUUGUAAGAGAACUGGCCAAUGGAAUAAUUUUAUGGCUUUUAGUACCAAGACAUCUAAAACGAAAAAUAACAUUGACAAACAAGAGGUAGAAGAAGGAGAGACGAAUAUGAAAAGACUUAACGAAUCUCUUCGAGAUAUUAGGGAAAACACAAACGAUUUAAAAGCGUAUGGUAGUCCAGCAUUUUGGAAUGUUUUAAGAAAAUUUUGCCUCCCAGCGAUUGAACAUAAUACGUUAUCAAAUAUGGACGUUAGAAUAGCGCCAGAUGAAACCUCGUUAUAUUUUCCCUUGGAAAAUGUAGACAACGAAGUGGUCGGCUACAGGAAAAGUACGGGUCUAAGUAGCGAUGAUACAGUAUUACCUAAUAUAAUGUACGGAGGCGUUUUAACCGGAAGGGUACCAAAAAGUAAAGAUACAGCCAUUUUAAUACCAAACGUUUCUGAUUUUCUAGUUCUCUUAAAUUCAAAAGUGAGUGCAAACAUCGUGUGCUUACCGAAUAGUGUCAAUAAUUUACCACAAUACGUCUUACCCAGCUUGGAAAGAUUUAAGAAACUAGUCAUUUGGUUCGGAAGCGAUACCAAAUCAUGGGAGGCCGCCCGGCACUUUGCUAAGAAGUUGGGAGAAAACAGAUGUUUUCUCAUAAGACCGACCGAUAAACAGAGACUUCCGCAUUUGGACGAAAACCAGGACUUCAAGGCGAUUAUUUCGUCCGCGCAACCCAUGUGGCACAAGUCUAUUACCACGUUUGCAAAUUUGAGGGCAGACGUGCUUUCCGACCUUCAGAAUAUCGACAAGGUUCAAGGCGUGAAGUGGAAGAGAUAUCCGACGCUCAAUAAAAUACUGAAGGGACAUCGGAGGGGCGAACUGACUGUUUUCACGGGUCCCACGGGAAGCGGGAAGACCACGUUCAUUAGCGACUAUUCUCUAGAUUUGGCAAUGCAGGGAGUGAACACGCUAUGGGGUAGUUUCGAAAUAAGAAACGCCAGACUGGCUCGGACGAUGCUGCAACAAAUGGCGGGCAUCCCCCUCGACGAAAACCUGCAGGCGUUCGACCAUUGGGCGGACAAAUUCGAGAAGUUACCCAUCUACUUCAUGACGUUUCACGGACAGCAGUCCAUAAAAGUCGUAAUGGAGGCCGUCGAACACGCGACCUAUGUUUACGACAUUGCCCACGUGAUAAUAGACAACGUACAGUUCAUGAUAGGAAUGUCGGAUGAGUCGAAAUACAUGGACCGUUUCUGGAAGCAGGACGCGUUAAUCGCUUCGUUCAGGCAGUUCGCGACGAGGAAGAACUGCCACGUCACGUUGGUCAUCCAUCCUAGGAAGGAGCGGGACGACGAGGACCUGAGCACCAGUUCUAUAUUCGGCGGGGCGAAGGCUUCGCAGGAGGCGGACAACAUAUUAAUCAUUCAGGAUAAGAGGCUCACUUCCGUCAGAGGGAAGAAGUAUUUGCAGGUUGCUAAAAAUAGGUACAGCGGCGAUCUCGGCAUAAUGGCUUUGGAUUUCGAUAAAUCCAGUUUAAGUUACCAACAAAAAAAAAUCAAGGAACAGAAAAGUCCGGAAGAUCUAGAAGAAAAGCCACUGCGAUAAUAAAUGAAUGUCUGUGA